UGCUCAUUUUAAAAUUGUCGAUGAUAAAAUUAAUUUGUAUGAGGGAAGGAGGGGUCCUGUGUGCAGUCCCGUUGAAUUCCCAUAGUUAACAGCUUUCCCAUACCUAAUGCAAACAGCCAAUGUUAUAAUUCAAAAGUAUCUAGUAAUUAUCGUAUAGUUCCAGUACAAUAUAAGAGUUUAUUCAAUAUGGCUGGACGUCCCGAUAUUCCUCAAUCAGUGAUCAACAAGUUGGUUUUCUUCACGGCUGGUAUGAUAGUGUUCCCCAUAACUACAUUUUUUAUUGUUCAAUAUCUCUUUGGAAAUAAUGCUAUACUCAGUGGUGGUGCAGCAGCUGCAGUGGCAAAUAUCGUAUUAAUAGGUUAUGUUGUAGCAGCAUUCAUGGAGGAUACUAGUAAUACCGAAGUGGACGAUAAAGGUGAGAGUAAGAAAUCGAGGUGAAAAUUCAAUUACUGAAGAGAAGAGGUAAUUCUUCCCUAUACAUAUAGUAUCUUGUAUAAUUUCCUGUAUAACUUUUCUAUUUACUUGUAUAAUUGUAUAAUAUUUAAUUUACAUAGUAUUUUGCAUUGC